AUGAGCGAAAACACCGACGACUACUCCUACGAUUACGAAUACUUGUACAAGAUCGUCUUGAUUGGAGAUUCGGGCGUCGGCAAAUCGAAUCUUUUGUCGCGUUUCACCAGAGACGAGUUCAACUUGGAGUCCCGCUCCACUAUUGGCGUUGAGUUUGCCACGAGAACGUUGGAAAUCGAUGGGAAAAGAGUCAAGGCCCAGAUUUGGGACACGGCGGGCCAAGAAAGAUAUCGUGCAAUCACGUCGGCAUACUACCGUGGUGCUGUGGGCGCAUUAAUUGUUUAUGACAUCUCCAAAACAGAGUCUUACGAGUCCGUGUCGAGAUGGUUAAAGGAGUUGAGAGAACAUGCGGAUGCCAACAUUGUGAUUGAAUUGGUUGGAAACAAGUCGGACUUGGACCACUUGAGAGCUGUUCCUACGGAAGAGGCCAAGAGCUUUGCUACGGAAAACAACUUGUUGUUUACAGAAGCUUCGGCCUUGUCUUCGGACAAUGUCGACUUGUCCUUCCACCAGUUGUUGAAGAACAUUUACGAGAUGAUCAGCAAACACCAGUUGGACACGAACGACACUGUUGGCUCCUCCAAGCCUUCUGGUGGACCUACUAUUUCAUUAACUCCGGCGCCACAGGAAAAGCGCAGCGGAAAGAACUCCAACUGUUGUUAA